AUGCAACUGCCCGAGCCACCGCCACCGCCCUUGGCGCCCCUAUGGGACCGCGUGAUCAGGGCCCGUGCUCUACCACCCGAUUUAGACGUCCAACUCCUUUACGUGGCCAUUCGCGAUCGGCUCGUUCAUCCCGAAUGGGAAGUCCGCCUUCAUGCGCUACGAGUACUCGCCGACCUACUGCCACUGUCUGGAAACGCUCUCUCAUUCCCGUUCGAUCAGGUCGUAGACAACUUGGGUCACAGUUCACCGAAUGUGCGCAAGGCCGCUUUGGAUGCUCUCAAAGUUUUCUGUAACCAUUGCGAAGAUUCGGAAUGCGCGGCUCGAGCAAUUUUAGACAAAUGCUCUUAUCGCAACAUAAGGCCACAUUCUGCAAAUAUUGAUAAUAAAGUGAAUGUCAUCACUGGUUUGAUCCUCUCCAUCCCGUCAUUAAUGUCAAUUUUGAAAAGAAGAAAUCCGGGGAUUGAUGCGUUCCCGAUAUUCAAAAUCCUGGGAGAUAAACUUUUCGAUCCUAUUCACCGGGAUGUCGCUCAACGUUCCCUUUUGAAACUUCGUAGAGUUUGUGGACCUCGUGAUUAUAUGAUGUAUUUAUCGAGGCUAGAUGUAAAAGUACAAGAUAAAUUUCGUCACUUAUGUGAAAUUUAUGACGAAGAUUCAAUGGAUGUUUACUACGCACCUAGAAAAUCUAUCUAUAGAGACAAUAAUAAUCAAACGUUACUCAAAAUCAAUCACGUUUUCAGUAGCCCUAUCACAACACCCAUUAGGAUGUCAACUGAUUCUUCUUCUGAAGAGUCAUUUACGCACAUUCCAUUUUAUAAUAACAAUUAUGCAAAAGUAAUUAUCGAAACUGAGAUCAAAUUCGAUGCAGACACAGCCAUAACGAUGACGGUUUUAGAAGAAAAUGACUCCGAAACUGACAAAAAUUCAGUCAGCAAUACGGGAAGUGAAGAAGAUGGUGACAGUACUGAUAGGAAUAUGUUGAAAUUUAGCGACGUGGACUCUGAAGAUACUGAUGUUGUUGUUAAGAAAGUGCGUUUCGGUGGUGAAAGUGUAAAAAUAAGAACUCCUGAUAGUGAAAAUUUGCUCUCGAGCGAAGAUGAUAAUAAUAUAAACAAAAUCCAACAGCGGAAAGAUCAUAUCGACGAAAUAUCCAAAACGAAUACACCCGUUAUUGUGAAUAAAAUGAAUGAAAUAAAGCGUGAGGCGUUAGAAAGGGAAAAUGUAGCAAAGCCAAUAAAGAAAAGCGGCAUACCCCUUCCUGUGAUACAAAACAAAUCAAAUCAAAAUUCAUUAUCUCAGUAUAAAAAUGUAAAAUUGAAAUCAAAAUCGCUUAGUGAACUAUAUGAUUACUUUCGCUCGAAGAAUGACGAAAAAGUGCACAAAUCUAAGGAAGUUUCGAGCUUUGCACUAACGCUGGCGGAAGUGCGAUCUCCUGAAAAAAUCCCAAGCCCCGUUGAGCCCCAUAGAGAAGUAGAAGUCCUACAUAACUUACAAAGAAGCCCUGUGGUGUCUCCCCGACGUCAUUCUACGCGAUUACAUUUGGAACGAGAUGGAUUCGUGCUGAAUCUACUGGCGUCUUCCCCGAAUAGCGAAUUGGAUAUACAUCUCGUUUCACCUCAGCCUGCCUCGCCUCUGCGAGUACAUUACAAAUGGGAGGACUUGGAUGUUGUACCUGGACAUGUGGUCGACCAACUACACAACACGGAAAAUUGGAUAUCAGUGGUGAAAGCCGCCGACCAGCUCCACAGCGCUUUGCUGGAUGUGACAAACGUGAGGAAAGUGGAGCCAGUCGCAUUAUCACUGGUGCAACAUAUGUGGGCGCUAGGCGACGCGGUCUCAUCAGCAAGAGCACCUGCAGAGGGCGCUGUAUGCGCGCUGGUCCGCAGCGCUAACAACGACUGCAUCCGUCAGCUGUUGCCUGCGCUGAUCGCUAGAAUGACUCGUGAGCCACUGCCCACAGCGCUGCCGCAUGCGUUACUGCAGCGCUUAGCGCUACAUCAUGUCGUCGACUUGAUAUUCGACCCCAGUAUCAUCGAAGCAUCCGGUGAUACUGACCGUGUACAGUCGGCACAGCUUCGUGCAACAUUGUGUUUAGCACGAGCCGCUGGCCCGGCAGCUGUGUUGUCGGCUGUACGCCGCCGUCUUGCAAACACAGCGAGAGCUGACGUCUUCUGCGCUAAAUUGCGAGAACGACUAAGCAGACCCGUGGAAAAUGUUAAGCCGAACCAUUUUGCGAGGAGUUCACAACUACCGGUGCCAGUGCGUAGGAGGGCGAGGUCCACUCCAUCCCCGGCCGCACCCGCGCCCCCGCGCCGCCUGAGGCCGCUACCAGACUCAGCGCCACUACCAGGUGUCAUUCAACCUGGAAGGGAAUACUACCUCAAGCCUUUAUCUCCGAUACCACUUAGCGACAGAGACUCCAGUGCGUUCACGAGCUACGAAGAGAAAGCAGACGAAAAGAAGAUUUUCACCGAAAUAGAUAACAACUCUAACGAGGCUGUAAUUAUAGGCGACACUACUCAUAUCAGCAUAUCUGAAAGCGACGUUAACGAUCCCCCACCACCACCCCGGUCGCCAUCGAUAAAGGUUGAAGAUUACUCAGAAAAAUCCUAUCAUUCGACUAAUAAUAAAGAUGUCAGACUGUCUCAAUCUCCAGUAAUUAAUAAUAUUGAAGAGGAUUUUGGGUCACAAAAAUCAAUCAAUUCUAAUAUUCUGGAUGCUGAUGGAUCGAGACCUCCGAGUCGGAAAUCAUCACUGAGCCUAGCGAAGAGUAGAAGUCCAUCGCCGAGUUUAAGAAAAAGUAGAAAUCCGACUCCAAGCCCGGCAAAAAGCAGGAAUCCCUCGCCAGAUCCAAUAAGUGACGUUUACGAUGACAUACCUUCUCCUUGCCAGCGGGACGUACGUAAUGCCCUCGCUGAAUGUGUCAUUCCCGCGCGUCACGAAGACUGGGAAGUCAUAGUCAACGGGCUGCUGGAAACUGAACGUUUAGCUGCAGAUCCUUCAGCUCGCGCACCAGCAGCAAGUUGGCGAGCUGCAGUUCGUGGUACCGCUGCACAUGUUCGUUCGUUACGCUCUCGAGUAGCUAGGACAGCUUGUUCAACUUUAGGCACAUUAUUCGAAUACCACGGUCGUGCCCUCGACACCGAAUUGGAGGAGGCCGCUACUGCUCUCCUCGAUCGUUGUGCGGAUGUGAAUAGAUUUUUAAGAGCGGACGCCGCUUCUGCUCUGGUUCGAAUGGCAUGUGGCAGUAAUAGUGCAAGGGCUGCUGUGGCGCUAGCUAGGCGAGGAGCUAGUCAUCGCGCUGGACCCGUUAGAGCUGCGGCGGUGCAAGCUCUGGCAAAACUAGUGCAGUAUCACGGCGCUUCUAAAACUCUCGACAUGCCCUCGGAACCGAGGACAGUGUUGCUGAGAGCAGCCGGUGAGUCAUUAGGCGAUGCGAAUGCUGAGACACGUGUACACGCUCGACAGCUCUGCCUCGCGCUGUCCUACGACAUGCGAUUUCGGCAGAUGUUGAAGGACGCAAUGACACCUUCUCGGUACCGUGCCAUCGAGAAACUCAUCGGAAAACUUCGAUGA